GUAAUUUUUUUUUAUUUAAACAUUUGUACAUUUUAUUGUACCAUAAUAGAAUUAUAUAUUUUUUUUUAAUAUUGUAAAAUGUAGUGAUGAAUUUAGUGUAAAUAUUUUACAAUAAUAUAAAGUUAUAGCACUAAAAAAAUAGAAAAAAUUAAAGUAAAAAAGUUUCAUCAUCGAAAAAAAAUUCUCAUAAGAAAAGAAUAAAAUUAUGGUAAUUAGGGGAACAAAAACAAAAUCGUAGGAAAAAAAUUGAAGGGGAGUCAAUAUAUAAAUUUGUGUAAAUUGUGGACACCGCUUAUUUCAUUAAAUUACUACCUCCAUUUUCUUUAUGAUUUUUAUUAUAAAAAAUUAUGGAUCCAGAAAAACUUUUCAACGGUUUGGAAUCCAGUAAUGUACAAGAAUAUGAUGAAUCGAAGCAAAAAAUAGCUGAAUUUUUUAUACACUCAAAAGAUCCAUGGUUAGUACAAGGAAUGAUGGAUUACUAUCUGAAAACAAAUUCUGCUAGAAUACUUGAAGUAAUAGUUAAAGUUCAACAGCCACAUGAUAAUUAUGUUUUCGAUCGUUUAUCCGAAUGGAUGCGAAAUCAUAAUAGAAUAGCCGCCUUAACUCUAUUUGGUUUUAUAGUUCGAAAGCAUCCAACAUGGUUACACAAAGUCGCCAAACAUAAGUUAAUGAAGGAUAUUUUAAAACUUUUACAGAGUGAGAAAGAAAUAGUUCCAUUAAUGAGUGCAUUGCUUUGUAUUAUAACACUGUUACCAAUUAUACCAUCCUCAACCAAUCUUUUAUCGGAAUUGUUUGAUGUUUUUGGGCAUUUAGCUUCAUGGAAUUUUCAAAAUCCUAAUAGAUUAACGCAAUAUCAAAUAAUUCAUUUACAAAUUGGUUUACAUAUGCUUUUUCAUCGACUAUACGGAAUGUAUCCUUGGCAUUUUAUUAGUUUUCUAAAAGACUUUGUCAAUAAAGAAAAAGGUGCAAUAUAUCAUCAUACAAUAAAGCCGCUGUUAGAAACUGUACGUAUUCAUCCAUUAUUAAUUACGGGAUCAAAAGAAAGUGAAGCAAAUAUAGGGCGUUGGAGAGAUAUGCAACCACAUGAUGUAGUUAUUGAGUGCGCGAAACUAUCUUUAGCAUUUUACAAUCAGGAUAAUACCGAUAAUUUAUUAGCUUCAUCAGUAAAAUAUAAAAAUGCAUUAUUGCCUACUCAAGUGCUUCAAACAGCAUCGGUGCGUAACACUCCAUUCCAACCAAUUACGUCUUGUGUUUCUUCACCUCUUCAUUAUUUAAUGCAACGUGAGAAUAUCACAGAUUUAUCUAAAUUUUCAGAGCGUCAAAUUUGGAGCCCUCAAUUAGAAAUUUUAGCUACACCACCUCCUACAGGUGCAAUACCGCAUACACCUACACCCCACUAUGUAGUACCAUCUGUUUCAACAAGCACUGAUCACUCUAUGACAACAAACAGUUUAUUAAACGUAAGCGGCUCAUCACCACCUGAAGCGGCGGUUGAAGCCACUCCUGAAACAACGCCGCUAAAAGAUAUUUCGAUUAAAAGAUCAAUGAUUAACAAACCUGGAGCAGUGAGAGCUAUCUUACCUACAAGUCAACCAUCAUCCCCAAUGCGUAAGGAGCAAUCUCCUUUCAACUUCCCAACAAUGAUCACAGAACAAAACUUUGCAAUUAAUAGUCAUGUUAAAUUUUCAACAACAACAACUACCACUACUGCUACUAAUAUUGGACCAAAUCCAUCAUCUCAACGAUUUAUGAAAAUAAUAAAUGAUCGCUCGUUUUCAAACACAUUUGGCAGUGGACAAAGGUUAUAUUCUAAUACACUUACAAAGGACUUAAAUAUUGGAACAGUGCAAAGUGCUAUCUCUAAUUCUGGAAAAUUCAUUUCGGCUAAUCAAUCAUUAGAUUCACCAACAUUAUCUACAGAGUUAGAUUUGGAAGUUACAACUUUAACAAGUCAACAAGGUAUAUGUGCAAGUAGUGGAGCAUUUGGUGAUACUGGUCCACAUCAUUCAGAUACUUUACAGGAUAUUUCAAAUGAAUAUGGUGAAUGUGAUGAAAACGAACAAUCAUUAUGCUCUGUAGGAGGUCUGCAUGUGCCUGCCCACACAUCUAUGCAAAUGCUCGUGAAUCAUUUAAAACGACGUUCUUGUAUUUCUACUUAUUGCAGUAAUGAUAAUAGUUGUUACUUAAGUUGUGGAACUAUUCCAAUAAAUGCUGUUUCUCUAGCAAAUGAAAAUUUUCCAUAUAUAACUGUAAUUGCGAAUGCGAAACUUCGGCGAACAAGAUCUUGGCCAAUAGUGAAUUUUAACUAUUAUAAUUAUGAAGAUGGUAGUAUUAAUAUAGCCGAUCAGGAUAUUUUUGUUAACGAAGGUGGAGCUCAGCAAAAUGGUGCAUCAAAAAUCACCCAAGGUGGGAAUAGUAGUUUCACUGGUAUGGCUGGUGGUGGGGGAGGUAAUGAUUCAAGCAGCCCUUCUGGAGACGAUGUAAUGUCAGCUGCCACACAUUUUAAACUGAACCGGAUUCAACAAAAGAAAGAUCGCAAAGAUGUAACAACAGCCAAUUUUGCAGGAAAUAAAACAUUGAUAUCAAAAUUUACUGGGGCACACAAUUUAAUAAAAGAAAAAUCAGUGAAUGCGAUCACCAAAAGUUGCGUUGCCACGCAAACUAUAGAACAAUGGCCUCAUAUCUAUGAGCACAAUUUAUUAGAAUUAUUUGAGGAAGAAACUAAAAUGCGUAAAUCCUUUCAAGUACAAGAAAUAUUACAGCCUAGGGAAAUUUUGGAUAAAUUUUUGGAAGUAAUUGUCAAAACUAAACAUCCUACGGAGCAAAAAACAAGAGAUGAUGAAUAUAGAGAGCAAAUUCAGUUAUUGUAUUUACAGCUGCAGUACGCUGAAUAUAGAAGAGAAAUACAUGCCGAAAGAAAUAGACGCCUUAUGGGUCGAAGCCGAGAUAAGAAAAACUUGGAAUUAGAAAAUGAUCGUAUUCGUGAUCAAUUGAGACACUUAGAGAAAGAAAAUGCGACAUUAAUAAUGGAAUCAAAAGAAACCCGUAAGAGUUUUAAUGAAAAAGAACAAAAAUUGCUGAAAGAAGCAACAAUGUGGAAAAACAAGUAUCAAAAUGAAUUAGAUGAAAAUAAGCAGUUGCGUUUUAAUUUUGAAGAAUUGCAAAAGAAACUCCAUAGUGAGAUUAAAAAUUGUCAGAAUUACAAAAACGAAAUUGAUAAUUUAAAGGGUGAAUUCUUCGAUACAAGACAAGAUCUAGAAAACACAAGAUAUCAAGCUGAAUUAGGUUUGCAAUAUAAAGAAGAUUUAGCGAAAUUGCAGUCAGAGUUUAUGAUAAUGGGAGAAGUUCAAGUGAAGUGUAAAGAACACUUUAGUGAGUUAGAAAGUUUGAGAGCACGAGAUGAAGAGUUAAAACAAUUAAAAGAGAUAUUCAAACUGGAAAUCCAUGAGUUACGUUCAAACUUAGAAGAAAAAAUUCCGCAACUCGAAAGCGCGAAGUAUAGAUUGACAGAGCUUCAACAGCAACUUGUUAAUAAGGAAAUGAUGUUCACUGAUCAGAAACGCCUAUUAAAAGCUGUUAAAGAUGAGUACGAGGAAAAAUUCGCGGCAUUAAAUAAGAAGUAUGAAGCUCAAAAAUCUAUUAUUUUGCAAAUGGAGCAAAAAAUGCUAGAAUUAAACCGAAAUCGUGCUAUAAGUAAUGCUCUGUCUCCAGAAUCUGAAAGAAUUGAUAUUGCUAGUUCGGUUGAUCGAACUUCGCCUUUGUCAACAUCAUUAGCGUCUAGUGAAGGUUUAUCAGCUAGUUUACGUUCUGUAACCGAUUUGUGUAAUUUGCAAGCCAUUGCCACUGCAACAAAUAGUAAUAGUUUAACAACAACAACAAUAACGACAGUGGCAGUAGUAUCCCCGGUAACAACCCUAAUCAAUACAUCAUCUCCCCAAAAAUUUUCUUCAAUUGCAUCAUCAUCAGUAUCAUCAGUGGCGGUAGUGGCUGUAUCAGCAUCUAGUUCUUUAUUAUCAAAUGAUGGAAUUAAUAUAAGUACAACUACGGUCAGUAAUCCAAGUAGCAAUUCAAAUUCGUCUGCUUCACCUACAGCUCCUUUACAGCAACAAUCUACAACUGCUGUACGUAAUAGAAGUUUACCAUUAUCUCAACAAUUACAGCAACAUCAAAUUUUAACUACAACAUCAUCAACUUCUGUACGUUUUAAUAGUUCUUUGAAUCCCACAACUGCAACAAUUGCUGCUGCAGCCGCAGUUGCAUCAACCAAUUAUCAAACUAAUAGUAGUAAUACUAGUAAUAUUCCUGUACCCGGACCAAGUCAACAACAUCAUCGUAAUCAUCAUCAUCAUCAUCAUCAUCAUCAACAGUAUAGUACACACCACAGAUAAGUUUCCAAAAUAAGGAAAAAAAUUGAAAAAUAUUUAAAAAAAAAGUUUUUACGAUUGAAUGAUAAAAAAAAUAUAUACAUAUAUUAAAAAAAAAAAGCAAAAAUGAAAAUAUAAUAAUAACGAUUAAUUAGUUAUAUAAAUAAUACAAACAAAAAGGUUUUAUCAAACAUUAAUUCUGUUAGGUGUAUGCUAUUUUUUUAGUUAUUUUAUUUUUCUUUUUUCUUUUAUCUACAUAUUACAUUAAAGAAAUAUCAAAAAAAAAAAAACCUAAAGUUCGUGUGUAAAUUUAGGGCUCAAAUUGUACGGUAACGGUGUUUAUUUACAAAAUUUAUCCAUUCGUUUUUAAAUUUUAAUUUUUAUAAAAUUUGUUAAUUAGAGUUUUUUAUGCUUUGCAAAAAUAUAUCAAUAUUGCAGUACAAUUUUGAAUUUUCUCUCUCCUAACAUGCGGCCUUCUAAAAAUCUAUUCAAAAUUUGUUUAUAUUUCUGUUUGUUUCAUCUUUUUCUCAUACCAAAAACUUAAAAACAAAAUUAAUUAGUUAAAGACUAGAUAGAAAGAUUUUUGAAUUUUCUCAAAAAUCAAAUUACAAAAAAAGAAAAAUAAAAGUUAUUAAAUAUUAAAUUAUAGCUAUAUAUAUUAAAAAUUAAAAAAAUUGAUUAUCAAAAUUAUAAUAAUUCUGUUAAAAAUGAUAUGUUCUAAAAAUAAAAAAUUUUGUCUCUUGUUUAUUUAGUGUCGUACAAAAAAAA